AUGCAUUCGUGCGAGCCCUUCCUUAGGACUUUUCUGCUGGCGGCAAUCUCACUUGCCUUCUUUUUCGCGCUUUUCCACUCCGCGAUUUACUACGAACUCGAUGUCCAAUCGCUUACCGACCUGGCUCGUGCGGUACUGGGGACCGUCUUCGAAAUUCAAGACACUCUGGAUAAGCAGCGUGACGAUGCUCAGGCAGAGGUGCAGCGUUUGGUCGACCGCAUGAAUGAUUACCUCAUGCAAACAGAGGACGCCGUGAAACGACUAGAGACCCACAUGGCUUUAGCUGCGCUACCUUUCUCGCCAUCGAACGCCCGCGAGAGCGAUGACUAUUUGACAAGAUUAGAACGGGCAAGACGCGACGUACGACGCCAUCACAACGCCGUUGAAGGACUUCGUGAGAGAAUGCUUCGGGCCGAGGAACUGUCACGACUAGGGAAAGCGGAAGUCUUGCGACGGUGGUGGUGGUUUCCGGCACUCUACAUUCCGCAUAUUAACAAGGCGAUUCUCGAUUUCACACAGUGGAUCACAGACUUGCCAUCGUUGUAG